UUGUUUAUGUAAUUAUUUGAGGUUUGCUACUUCUCUUUCAAAAUGAGGGGAACCCAGGCAGUUUAGUACUCUCCAGCUGAAUUUUAACUCCAUAAAAGGUUUGGGGAAAAUAUUAUGUGAUUAAAUUAUAGAUACUUAGAGGUGGUGACCUGGUGGAGAAAAGAGUCACCGUUGCUUUUCAAUAAUAAAUAUAUCAGAUUUGAUAUUCGAUAGGUUAACUGGUAUAGUAGGUGAGGAGAUGCAACUGAUACACAAGAUCUCGACUUUGAUAAAGCUUUCUACAUUACCUUCCCUGUGAGAAUUGCACUUCGGUGAAAGUAUGGCAAAGCUAUAUCUUGUUGGAGGAUCUUUUGGACUCCGGGAAUUUGCUCAAAUAAGAUACGAUGUCCACAAACUACAUGGCAAGGCUGAUCCAGCUUUGAAAGAAAAAUUAAAACAGAACACUGUGACACUGGAAUCUGAAUAUGAGAAGCUGGAAAAGUCUGACUUGGAUAACUGGGAGAACAUCAGAGGACCCCGUCUGUGGGAAGAUUCCAGGACUGUUCAGAAGCAACGGCGGGAGGCUCUCCGUCUCAAGAGAGAGUGACUGAGCAAGCCUACUUUGGUGCCUCUGCACAAAAAAAAAGAAGUCUCAGGCUGGACUGUCUUAUUUUUUAAUCCAGUGUCAGGAACAGACAUGGGAGGAGGGGAUUGCACUGAGCAAUUCAUGCCGUUGUGUAUAUAAGUAACUGUGAGAUCAAUCCAAAAGGCACUGUAUUAUAUGAAGCUCUUUGUUUACAUCCAUUUGCACAGAGUUCCACAGGCUGUAUAUAUGAAUUAUCAAUUAAAAAAAUAGCUGAUUAUUCUAC